AUUGCUUCAGAGGUUUAUUCAAAACAAUUUUGGACUCGACUCGAUUUUAUUCGCGAGUUGAUUUGGAGCCUGGUGUCAACCUCCCUCAAGUGUUGUAAGACUGGAACACGGGUCAAAGAUAUCGCGCGAAGAAUGCUCUCAGAAAGUGAGGACAGCACUUGCCAGCCGUUAAGUUCAAUUUUUCUCCUCCCCUGCCUGAUUGAUCAUCCACUUCUAACUUCUCCGAACGCCCUGCUGCAUCAAGGUGGAUGCGGACGGGUAGAGCCUUCCGACCUGGAUUUCCUGCUGGUUCAACCUAGCUCGACCACGAGACACUGAGAGUGAACGAGCUUUGUCAAUGCAAUGAUUCAGAACGUGCAAA